AUGAGCGUUGAGCAAUCUAAAGUGGUAGCUGAGCGAGUCCUAUCGCAAGAACCGCUCGUCGAUGGCCAUAAUGAUUUACCAUGGCAAAUGAGAGCAUAUUAUUACAACAAAAUUGAAUAUGCCAAUGCAUCACUUAAUUCCAAUCUGCCCCACCUUCAUACUGAUAUUGCCAGGUUGAGGAAAGGUCGUGUUGGUGCUCAGUUCUGGGCCGAUUAUGUCCCUUGUGCUUCGCAAUUUAAAGAUUCAAUUCGCUAUUCUCUGCAACAAACCGAUCUCAUUAAGAGAAUAACUUACAAGUAUAAUCAGACUUUUGAAAUGGCAUAUAGUGCUGAUGACAUCACGCGCAUCUUUAAAAGUGGUAAAAUUGCAUCGUUAAUUGGCUUGGAAAGUGGCCAUGCCAUCGAAAGUAGCUUGGCAGUACUACGAAUGAUGUAUAGUCUUGGUGUGCGGUAUAUGACAUUAACCCAUAGCUGUAAUACUCCAUGGGCUGAUUCUGCAACUCCAAAAGACCAUCCUCAUAACGGCUUAACAGAUUUUGGAAGGACUAUCGUCAAAGAAAUGAACCGAAUUGGUAUGCUUAUUGAUUUGUCUCAUGUAUCAGUAAAAACCAUGAAAGAUACCUUGGCGGUAACAAGAGCACCAGUCAUUUAUAGUCAUUCAUCUGCGUCGAAAUUUUGCAAUCAUGAACGAAACGUCCCAGAUGAUGUACUCGAUCUUGUUGCAAGAAAUCGUGGCGUCGUCAUGGUCAACUUUUAUAGCUUGUACAUCAGUUGUAGUAAUGAAAAUGCAACCUUGGAACAUGUGGCAGAUCAUAUCAUGUACAUCAAGAGGAUAGCUGGUAUCAAUUCUGUUGGUCUAGGAAGUGACUACGAUGGCGUUUGUUGCGUACCGAAAGGACUUGAAGAUGUAUCGAAAUUCCCGGAUCUAAUUGCUACAUUAGCUCGUCGUGGUCUAAGUGAAGCUGAAUUGAGAAAAGUUGUAGGUGGAAAUCUUUUGCGUGUCUUUAAGGAGGCUGAAAAGGUAAGAGAUGAUUUGAAGAGUCAAAAACCAUUCGAUGUAUGGCUAUCUCCACCUGCCAACAGCACGGGAUGUCUAUCCCCAGAUGUUUCACAAUGAUUUAAUUUAUAGCAUACUUUCUAUUUUUUCCGUGUGUCUUG